AGUGCUGCUGCCACAACCAUGAGUAUGCUCAGGCUUCAGAAGACACUCAUCUCCAGUACACUCCACUGUGCCAAGAAGAAGGUCUGGUUGGACCCCAAGGUCCAAGAAGACCAAUGAAAUGGUCAACCAUUUUCCCAUCCACAGACUUGGAAGCUGAUCAAAGAUGUGCUGAUCACCCACAAGGCUAUGACUGUCCUUUCCUGGGCUCGAUGCCAGAACAGUACCUUGGCCCACCAGAGGACCUGCCAUGGGUGUGCUGUCAGUACACGAAUGCCUGAGCAGGUAACCUGGGUGUGGAAGGUGAGAAUCUUGUGCCAGCUGCCCAGAAGAUACUGUGGCUCUAAGAAAACUGACUGCCACACAUAUCACAGCCUGUACCUGAAAGUGAAAGGGAACGUGUUCAAGAACAAGAAGAUUCUCUUGAAACACAUCCACAAACGGAAGGCAGACAUGGCCUGCAAGAGGCUCCUGGGUGACCAGACUAAGACCUAUAGGUCUAAGACCAAGGAAGCAUGCAAACCCCUGGAGUGGCUCCAGGCCAAGGAGGAGGAGGUUAUCAAGAUCCUGUCCAAGGAGGGAGACACCAAGAAAUGA